GAGCGCAGCUAUAGCUAUCUCUGUGUUCUAGUCUCCCUAUAGUAGGUGUUCCUUUAGAUGGAACAGCCAUAACAUCUCAACAUACGAGGCAACGUCGCACGUUGCAGAGCGAGCGACAGAAAUAACCGGCACCUGUUAAAGCGCAUGCAUGGCUGUUGAUCAGAUUAUUGGUGUAUGGGUUGGGUUAUCUCUAGAAGUGUGACACACACGCUGCUCGGCCGGUGUGGAUAACACACACCGGUCUAACUCAUCGGUGGGAGUCAGUGAAAGGGACUGGGCGCAGUGUUAUUGUGUGUCGAGGAGUUUCCUUCGGACAAUGGAUACCUUUAGAAUACAAGUCCUGCUGUUUUUGUUGCUGUUAAGGCACGAUAGGUGUCUCUCAUCGCAGUUCCCUACUCAGCUCAUGAUCAAAGAAUGGGUGGACCAAAUGCAGAAAGAGCUGGUUACACUGGCAGACACAGCCAGCGCUGGAAGGAGUCUGACACAGAUCUUCCUGGACAACCAGAGCCUGUACUCUGUGGAGCCUAACGACGCUGAGGAGCUGGUGGCCAGAGCAGCCAGGAACAUAGAGCAGCUCCUGCUGAAGAGGUCUGCUGCUUUGGAGCUGGAUGCCAACGACACGGAGGGCAGGAAGAACCUCCGACCAGACUUUACGGAGGACCCGGCCUUUAAACGGCUGACCUCGCACAACCACACGGCCGUCCACAUCCCCACCGACAUCUACGACGGCUCCACUAUUGUGCUGAAUGAGCUGAACUGGACUGAGGCUUUGGAGGAUGUGUUCCGAAAGAACCGAGAAGACGACCCCACUCUGCUCUGGCAGGUGUUCGGCAGCGCCACAGGCCUCGCCCGCUACUACCCAGCCUCCCCCUGGAUGGACGCUCGUAAGACGCCCAGUAAGAUCGACCUGUAUGACGUCCGCAGGCGGCCCUGGUACAUUCAGGGAGCUGCCUCACCCAAAGAUAUGCUGAUCCUGGUGGACGCGAGCGGCAGUGUGUCCGGUCUCACCCUCAAGCUGAUCCGGACCUCUGUGUGUGAGAUGCUGGAGACCCUGUCUGACGACGACUACGUCAAUGUGGUCUAUUUCAACACCAGAGUCAACAACACGGCGUGCUUCGAUCACCUGGUCCAAGCCAACGUCAGGAACAAGAAGAUUCUCAAGGAUGCGGUGCAGAAUAUCUCAGCCAAAGGGAUCACCAACUACACCAAAGGCUUUGAGUUUGCCUUCGAACAACUAUCUGCCACCAACGUGAGCCGGGCCAACUGCAACAAGAUCAUCAUGCUGUUCACCGACGGGGGAGAAGAAAGGGCCCGGGAUAUCCUGGAGAAACAAAACGCUGACAAGCAGGUGCGUAUCUUCACCUUCUCAGUGGGCCAGCACAACUAUGAUAAAGGACCCAUCCAGUGGAUGGCCUGUGCCAACAAAGGAUACUUCUAUGAGAUCCCCUCUAUAGGAGCCAUCAGAAUCAACACCCAGGAGUACCUGGAUGUUCUGGGCAGGCCCAUGGUUCUGGCAGACCAGCAGGCUAAACAGGUCCAGUGGACCAACGUUUACCUGGACGCUCUGGAGCUAGGCCUGGUCAUUACAGGGACCCUGCCCGUGUUUAACAAGACCAUGACCAAGGACGACCGGAACGGCGAGCACCAGAACCAGCUCAUCCUGGGGGUGAUGGGCAUCGACGUGUCCCUGGACGACAUCAAGAAGCUCACGCCGCGCUUCACGAUCGGGCCUAACGGGUAUUACUUUGCCAUCGACCCCAACGGCUACGUCCUGCUCCACCCAAACCUCCAGCCUAAGAACCCCAAAUUCCAGGAGCCUGUCACUUUGGACUUCCUGGAUGCUGAAUUGGAGAACGAAAUUAAAGUGGAGAUCAGGAGGAUGAUGAUUGAUGGAGACCCUGGUGAACAGACCAUAGAGACUCUGGUGAAAACUCAGGAUGAGAGAUACAUCGACAGAGGGGUGAGGACCUACACCUGGGCUCAAGUCAACGGAACAGACUACAGCCUGGCCCUGGUCCUGCCCAGGUACAGCGAGCACUUUAUCCAAGCCAAACUGGGGAACACUAUCAAGAAGCCAUGUGUACGUAUGCCGAAAAAAAAAAACCUCUCCAUGGAGACCAUACAGCUGGAGAGCUUUGAGGACUACGGCUACACCUUCAUUGCGCCCAGGGAGUACUGCAAAGACCUGAAGCUCUUUGACAACAACACCCAGUUCCUGCUGGACUUCAACCUGUAUAUCGACCGGAACUCUCCGGAGCCUUGUAACGUGUCGCUGGUCAGUAGGCUGAUCCUGGACGCCGGGCUGACCUCUGACCUGGUCAAGCUGUGGAAGGAGCAGGCUCUGGAUGGAGUGAUGGCUAGGUUUGUGGCCACCGACGGAGGUAUCACCAGAGUCUAUCCCAAAAGUGCUGGUGAGGACUGGACAGAAAAUCCAGAGACUUAUGAAUCAAGCUUCUACAAAAGAUCUCUGGACAACGAAAUCUACAUUUUCACCGCUCCAUAUUUUAAUAAGAGCAGAGAGUCCAGUUAUGAGUCGGGCAUUCUGGUGAGCAAAUCUGUGGACCUCACCAUAGAUGGAGUCACUCUCAAACCUGCUGUGGUGGGAGUAAAGCUGAACGUCAGCUACUGGAUGAACACUUUCAUCAAUGCAACCAUGAAAGUGAAUUGCAAGGACGAGAUCUGUGGCUGUCUGAAGAAUGACAAGUAUGUCGACUGUGUCAUCCUGGACGACGGUGGCUUCCUGCUCAUGUCCAAUCAGGAUGAGUACAUCACUCAGAUCGGUCAGUUCUUCGGGGAGGUGGACCCAGUGCUGAUGAUCAAUCUGGUCAACACGUCUCUGUACUCCUUCAACAAGACCUACGAUUACCAGUCAGUGUGUGACCCCGAGAGAGACAGCAAGGCGGCAGCAGGUCUACGCUCUGUCUAUGUGCCCACCAUAGCAGACCUGCUCAGCAUUGGCUGGUGGGCCUCCACAGCUGCCUGGUCCAUUCUACAGCAGCUCUUCUUCAGCCUCAUCUUCCCCAACCUCCUGGAUGCAGUGGAAUCAGAGGAGGACAUAUCAAACAACAUGUUUAAGGAGAGCUGUAUCACUGAGCAGACACAGUACUUCUUCGACAGAGAAGAACGGUCCUACGUCGGUGUCCUCGACUGUGUGAACUGCUCCAGGAUGUACAGAGCUGAGAAGCUGCCCAACACCAACCUGGUGUUCCUGAUCACGGAUGCCAAGGCAACCUGCUUGUCAUGUGACCCACGGCCACUCCGACAGGCCGAGCAGCCCUCCUCAGGUCCAGACCCAUGUGAGUUGGCCCAGAACCCUCGUUACAGGAAAGGACCAGACGUGUGUUUUGACAAUGACAUUAACGAGGAUGAUUCGGACUGCGGGGGUGGGGCUUGUCUGACCCCCUCCCUCUGGCCGAUGCUGGGACUCCAACUGCUGCUGCUGUGGCUCCUGACGGCCCCACGGCACUCAUGACCUCCACACACACACACACACACACACACACACACUAACACACCACUGGCGUCUCAGUCUCUGUCAAAACAGAUUUUGACCCCUGAAAUUCGCAAAUUCACACACAUUCCAGCCCCCCCCCCCCACACACACACACACCUAACCGAUCCCAACCAGGAUGGAUGCAGAACUCGCUCGUCCAUCCAUCCGCUCAAGGGUUCGACCUUGUUUCCUACCAUCACUGAUCGGUUCACUGCCACUGUGUCGAAGGACAAUAUCUACCACCCAUCCCUCUCCCUCAUCUGAAACCCAUCACUCCUCUAAUUGACUCUGCUCUGGCCCACUCCUCCAUCCUCUCUGCCCUGCUCCACCCUCCUCAUAUGGCUUCUUUGGAAGGUGCUUCCCCCACCUCACUCGUUUAUUGUACCGCAAAUUAUCGUCCUACGGUGCGACAGUAAGAGCUAACCAAACCCUUUAAUUGUCCUGGAUCUGUUUUUACAGUAAACAACCGCAUGGGUCAGUUCACCCUGAGUCUCUGGGAGACUGUGUGCUCCUCUCAUUAUGCCAACUGAACCACUGACAGCAACUGAUUUGUGUAGCUAGUUGUUUUGAUUAUUUGUUUACGAAAUAUAUGUAUUUGUCAUAAGACUAUUAUGCAGUAAAUGAUGUCCAGUAUAGACAAAUACUGUCCAUCAACAGUACAACACAACAUGUAAUGGGGGAGGUGAGAUGGUUAGGCGUUGUUUUGUUUUUUCAAGUGGGUGUUGGCAGCAGUCAUUGUGGGGUUGUGUAUCAAAUGCUUCCCAGAGAGUCCGGGAUCACGCACACACACACACACUACACAAUACACAAUCACUAUGACACCAAAGCACCAUGGCAGGAAUGUAGGUGUUCUCCCCAGGCUGGAGCUCCUCACCCGGUCUCGGAGGGCUCUCACAUCCAUCAGUACCAGAGUCACGGUGCUGGUCCGCUGAAGCUUCCGUAGACCAGCCCCCCAGGCCUCCAGGCAUCCAGGCCUCCAGGCCUCAAGGCCUCCAGGCCUCAAGGCCUCCAGGCCUCCAGGCCUCCAGGCAUCCAGGCCUCCAGGCCUCAAGGCCAGGCCUCCAGGCAUCCAGGCCUC